GUGGUGUGUCACCAACUUCUGGAUAUGAUGUGGAGCAGAACAUAAGACUAUCAAAGCUCUCUUCACAUGCCUCUGCCAGCUCUUCUUCAAAAUUGUCUUCUGUAAACUCACAUAUUGGUGAGCUUACACCCCCAUUUGAUUCCAUUGUUAUCAGGAUUGAUAUUAUGAUAAAAAACAAUGCUUGGGGCUGAAUCAUCAGACAAACAAUAUCACUAAAGCAAGAGCAGUUUCUCACCUGUUUGAGCGAUAACAUCAGGAGUUUGAUGAAGUUCCGAGUCAUCAAACUCCAGAUUUGGUUCAUAAUCGUGGAAGUCUGAC